GUGAGUGGAGCAACUGAAAACAAUCAGCACUUGCUUGAAAUGAUUCUGGACGCAUGUUAGCUUUAAAGAGCAUCCGGACGUUGGUGCAGAUGUAGUCUGACUCCUAAUUUGUUGUGCAUUUUGGAAAGCUGUUGAUGUGCUUUGACUUUCAAGAAGAAAGACAUUAAAAUAAAAAAGGAACAUGUUUUUACUAUGCACUAAGGCUGUCAAUUGGCAAUUUAAACCUCGAAAGGCAUUUAUGUUCAAUCGAAAAUCACAAUGGACUGUACACUUUCGAUGCGCUUUUCUGUAAAUAACUACGUUUUCUCAAAUAUUGCAGCUGUUUACAUUAUGGACUUCUGACUUCUGUAUUUCAUUCCGUUUUAUGAGUUCCGACAAAAAUACCCAUUGUUUCUGGGAUUGAUUUGCAUAGUUUCAGUUGAGGCUGAAAUCCGCAUAAUGUAUAAUUUGUAGCUCAUCAGAAUAAUCUGGUAAUUUACUACUGUAAUACUUCAAAAUACAUAGACAGUAGAUAAAUGAAAAAGUACAAUCUACUAAAUACUACAACUUGUAUCAAUAUCAUCCGACAUCAAAGACAUUUCAUAAAAUCCAAACUUGUCAGUUCCGAAAUAAAAACUACCAACGAUGCUGGAAUACAGACUGAGAAAACCAACAACGCGGAAAUGCUUGAACGAGCUUCACUGCAAAGUAAACGAGCUUAUUAAACUGCGCAGUAAGUUCUGACAGAAGAUACUAGAAAAUCACCGGACUCCAGUGACAGCAGCCAUAAUAAUUGUACUUGUGUUUGCAGUCUUUAUAUGUCUGGCAUGGAAAUGGGACCAAUGGACUUGGAUGGGCAAGUGAACCUGACACUGGAGGGUGACUAUAGAUCAUUAAUAGACUCCAGUAUGCCUGUAUGUUGCACAAACUCUACAACUCCAUCCGAUGACCGCCUCCCACCAGAUUUGGAAGACAGCACAAAGCUGAUUGGGGUGCAAAUCGUACUUAUAGCAGCUUACUGUACCAUCAUUCUUCUAGGGGUUAUUGGCAACUCCUUGGUCAUCUAUGUUGUAUUUAAGUUUAAAACACUGCGUACUGUUACUAAUUUUUUCAUUGCAAACCUUGCUGUGGCAGAUUUAUUGGUAAAUACUUUGUGCCUGCCAUUUACAUUGAUCUACACCCUUCUAGGCGAGUGGAAAUUUGGACAAGUGUUGUGCUUUAUGGUCCCAUAUGCUCAAGGUUUAGCAGUGCACGUAUCCACGGUAACCCUAACUGUCAUUGCUCUAGACAGACAUAGAUGCAUAGUCUAUCACUUUGACACCAAAAUGUCCAAGGAAACUUGCUUUAUUGUCAUUGGCAUUACAUGGAUGAUCAGUGCAGUACUAGCAAGCCCAUUGGCCAUCUUUAGAGAGUAUGGUACAUUCCACAUAUCCCCUGAUAAAUCUAUUCAGUUUUGUACUGAAAAAUGGUCUGAUAACAAUCGAGAUGGCACUGUAUACAGUAUCUCAAUGCUGCUGCUGCAAUAUGUGUUGCCACUGUCAAUCAUUUCCUUUGCUUACAUCCGAAUCUGGAGUAAACUGAAGAACCAUGUAAGUCCAGGUGAAGGGAAUGUUCGCCACCACAGAAGAAGGAAAACCACAAAAAUGUUGGUUACCGUUGUGGUAGUGUUUGCCGUGAGCUGGUUGCCAUUUCAUGCUUUUCAGCUUGGCAUUGAUAUCGAUAACAACGUCUUAGACACGAAAGAUUUUAAAUUAGUGUAUACCAUAUUUCAUGUAAUAGCUAUGUGCUCAACCUUUGCCAACCCAUUCCUUUAUGGGUGGAUGAAUAAUAACUACAGAAAUGCUUUCAUAACUGUGUUUAAAUGUGAGCAGAGGGUUGAUUCUAUCCACCUGGAGGGCCAAGUGAAGGUCAGUACAAAAAAAACUUUGGAAGCAGAAGAUAUAGCCCAUGUGAAUGGUCACUCAGCCAAACGACAUCCCACCAAUGUUUGAAGUUGAUAAGAAGACCACAAACAGUCUGUGGAUAUACACUCCUGCAUGUAAUACUUAAACGUUUGUGUUGUGUAAGUGUCAUAUUACAGGAUCUAGUUUUAUUUGAGUGUCUCCACUAUUGCUCUGGUGUUAUCAAUGUACAACACACCGAUAAAACACACAUACUGUAAAUAGAUUUACAUUUUUGUAUUCUUUACUUCCAGUUUGAGAAUUCCAGUUUAUUCUAUCAGAUGAUAAUUACUAUUUUCUGUUACAGAGAACUCCAGUAGUUAGUAAACUAAUAUCUGAACUUACUUCAGAUGCAGUCCAUAAAUAAAGUUACAUUACUGUCAAUCAUAUUUUUACUGGGGGUUUCAGGUGGCUGCAUGUUAGACAAUGGGAAAUGUUACGGCUAUAAUUGUGCGUUUUGAUGAUGUUGUUUGUAAAGUGCAAGCUUUUUUGCAACAAAAGUCUUGGCCAUUCAUAUUGAGGAAUUACCCUGAAUAAUGAAUCCUGAAGCACUUGUGUAGUUACAUUUGCAUGAUAAUACUGUGCACUUUUACUGGUGAAGUAGAGCAAUAUGUGGCUUAUGUAGGGACAAAUGGUUGUGUAUGGUAUUAACUUAUAUUUAGCAUUUUAAUUAUCAGCAAUCAACCUUCUGAUUAUCAAAAUCACUUGAUUGCAUUAAAAGGGUCUUAAAAUGAAACAUACCUGUAGUGUACAAGUCAUCAGUGCAGUGCUCAACAAAGAUAAGCAAUGAUACAAAAGGUACAACCAUAAAACUUUAUCUGCAAUUUAUUUUGACAUGCUUUGAAACUACUGAAACAUUUUUUUAAAACUUAUAAAGGCAUUUAUCUAUUUGAUCAAUUAGAUAAAAAAGGAAAAAACAAUCAAUCACCAGUAUUUAUGCUGCCAAAGCUAUGAAACUAUGGGAUCUAUUUAACUGAUCUCAACAGUGACUGACUAAAUAUUGCAGUGUUUCAACACUAAAAUAUUAUUAGAUACAUUGUAUGGAUCCCAGUGUUUGUUUAAUCUUAAAUCAAGACAAAUCCAGCCAUAUUCACAAAGCAUUUACCCACUUCUAAAUUUGCAGUAUUUUUUAACGAGUAAAAACGAUCUACAGUACUCAUAGCAUGGAGAAAGCAAACAAAACGAAAAAAUCCAAUCACAUUAAACAGUUGUAACUUUGAGGGAUUUAUAUGGUUUUUUUUUAAACAACACAACUGUGUCAGUUCUACUUAAUUAUUAUUGUUAUUAUAUUUUAAUUGUGUGAGGUAAAUACCUUAUAAUAUACUAUAUCCUGCAGGGUGUUUUCUUGAAAUAGUUGCAACUUGCAUGAAUUUAAAUUUAUACUGAAUGUAGCCUUCUUGUUGACGGUAAGAGAAUGUAUGCUUUACCUUUUAUAACUUGAUAUUGUAUAUACCAGGACAACUUGUUAUUGAACAUCUGUUGUCAAAUAACGUUUUUGUUUUAAAAUAUACAAGACUGGGGUUAAAUUAAGAGUCACAUAUUACAUUAUAUAACAUUCGUUUUUAGAAGCGUUGUAUGAGCUGCAACAAAAAAGGAAAAUAAAAAAUCAAUAUGGUAUUAGUACUAAAAUGAUGCAUUAAAGUAAUGGUAGAAAUACAAUAAACAAAUACAUCGAUAUGUAUUAUUUUUCUGUAUUUGUGUAAAACUGCAAAGUUGAUUUACAGUGAUGGCCAUGAAUAUUGCAGCAUCAAUCUUCUGAAGUUCUUCCUAAGAUAGGUCAAUAAGGUUCAUUUCUGGCCCAUGAUAAAACUGAUACACUGGUAUUAAGACUUGAAACACUCAUCAUACAUUUUGAAAACUGUAGGAAAUGAAGCCAAGUAGAAUAUGUUCUUUAUAUGGCUUAAUAAUUCUAAUAGUUAUUGUUUUACCGCAGCAUUAUUAUGAACAUGCUGUUUGUGCAGUAAAAAAGGGCAGGUAAUUGCAUAUAGUACUGAUAACACAUGCGCUCAACAUCCAACUGAGUGAGCCCUUAGCACUACUUGCCUGAUACAGGUUGAUCUGCUGUUGCUGUGUGCUGUUAAAAAGGGACUUUGACCCACAAUUGGUCUGCACGCUCUUUGCACUGCUGAGGUUUCUACUGCUCCUGCUUCUCACCUCUGCAUAGAGUCCAUAAUAUCUUCCAUUAGCUCCAUUCAUCUCCAAUUCCACCUAUCCAGGACAUCAUUGAUGAACUGUGUUAUAUAAAUAUAUUUGGGUGGAUUAACAGGACGAAUUUGCGGAGGGAAUUUAAUAUCUACAGUCAUGUACCUUGUUACAUCAAGAAUAAGUAAAACUAGGUCUAUCAGACAAGUAUAAUGAGUGUAUUUUUUAAAAAUAUGCUAUAUUUGUGGUCACCACUGUAAUAUUAAACUUAAUAGUUAUUGUGUUUUGCUCAUUUAUAAAGGAAACAAAUGUUACCAAAUACUUGAUCUAAAAUGAAGAAUUAAUGUGUGAUUUUUUUUGGCUAAUAGUAAUGUGGGUUACCAUAAAGAAAUACUAUAUUGUAAAUAAAACUG